GGUUUGACAUUACAUUGGAUACAAGUCUUUAGAAUUGGUGCACAAGAGUCAAAAUCCCUAAUUCCUGUAGGGAGUUCAAAAACUCUAUAGAAAAGCCGAAUUAGAGUAUGUGACCUCAAAAAGUCAAAAGGCGAAUUAGUGCCGCUUGCUGGGCUUCGCUGCUUUCUUGCUGCAUCUUUGAAAAUGGAGUCCGACCAGAAGAGGAAGAGGGAUUCGAUAUCAUCAUCAGAUCGAGCGGACAAGCACAAGAAAAAGUCAGAUAGGUCAUCGUCCUCUGACGAGAGAAUUAAGGCUUCCCACAUACUUAUAAAGCACCAAGGCUCCCGUAAUAAGACCUCCUGGAAGGAUCCAGAAGGAGCUGUGAUCUCCAAAACCACUAGAGAUGCCGCAGUUGCUAAGCUCAAGGCACUUCGCGAAGACAUCGUCACUGGAAAAUCCGAAUUCAAAGACGUCGCUGCCAGGUUCUCCGACUGCUCCUCCGCCAAGCGAGGCGGCUAUCUCGGUAAGUUUGGCAGGAACAAGAUGCAGAAGCCUUUUGAGACAGCAGCAUUUUCACUCAAGGUUGGGGAGAUAAGUGACAUUGUAUACACUGAGAGCGGUGUUCACAUAAUCAUGCGAACAGCUUUAUAGGUCGUCUGCUGAGUGCUGACGAUGAGCCAUAUUUACACGACAUGCUGAAAAUUCUCUGGGCUUGUAUUACUGAGCUUACCAAAGAUUUAAAGACUUCAACUAGGAGAUUGCUGUCCUUUUUAUGUCCAUAGCAACAACUAUGUGGUAUCAUCAUGGAUAAUAACUUGAAGAAAAUUGUGAACUAAUUUGUCUUCCUUUUUGGGGCCUCCUUAUUACCUUUUGGUAGGGAGACGACCACCGGAAAAAUGUGCAUUUGUAUCGGCAUCAUUGUAUUUGGUCAAUGUUCUUAUAUCAUUGGUCCCUGUUGGUGGUUGUUUUGGUAAAACAUUAAAUGCAUAUUCUGUGAUUUCAAGAAACAUUUAUGUUUUAACUAGAACCAUUCUUGAAUUGUUAAAUUGUUCUUUUGAAUUUAUAAUGGGUGAUGGAGGCCAUGGGGCUAUUGGGAUGGUUAGUUGUCACUCU